UUCGACUGUGCCUCAUGUUUUGCUGGAACAUCCCUGAACAAACAGCUCCUCCAAGGCCCCGACCUGACAAACACCUUGUUAGGUGUGCUCACCCGCUUUCGUCAGGGUCCAAUGGCACUAAUGACUGACAUCAAAGGAAUGUUCCAUCAAGUCAGAGUGGCUGAGGAACACGCGAAUUACUUGCGCUUUCUGUGGUGGCCUAACGGCGACCUAACCAAAGACCUUGCUGAGCACAGAAUGUUAGUCCACAUCUUCGGAGCAGUGUCCUCCCCCAGCUGUGCUACAUACGCCCUGCUAAAAACUGCUGAGGAUAAUGCACAUCUGUAUCCAGAGGAGGCCAUUAGCACCAUCAGAAAGAAUUUCUAUGUCGAUGAUGCCCUCAAGUCAGUUCAUUCAGUCGAACAAGCCACCUCUCUCUACCAGCAACUCACCGAGGUAUGUGCUAAAGGAGGGUUCAAGCUCAAUAAGUGGAUAUGCAGUGACCGCUCUGUUCUCUCUGAGAUCCCCGAAGCAGAUCGAGCCAGUGGAGUGAAAACACUCGACCUAAGCAGAGACCAGCUGCCUAUGGAAAGAGCCCUAGGCGUCCAGUGGGAUGUUGAACAAGACUCCUUCACCUUCAGCAUUCUGAACAAGCACAAGCCACUGACAAGACGGGGAAUACUGUCAAGUGUGAGCUCCAUUUACGACCCACUAGGGUUCUUAAGCCCGGUGAUACUCCCCGCAAAGCAGAUUCUGCAGCAGCUGUGCAAGUUGAAGCUGGCGUGGGAUGAGGCAAUACCACCAGAGAUGGCACAAACAUGGCAAAGGUGGGUGGAUGAUUUGAUUCUGUUACACUCAUUCAGUGUCAGAAGAUGCUUCACACCUAGUGAAUUUGGAAAUGUAGAAAUGGCACAGCUGCAUCACUUUUGUGAUGCCAGCGAAGUUGGAUUCGGUGCCGUAUCAUACUUACGGCUAACUAACAGCGAGAAGGAAGUGUGUGUUGCUUUUGUUAUAGGCAAAGCAAGGGUGGCUCCACUCAAGCACGUCACCAUACCUCGCCUGGAACUGGCUGCAGCAGUCGUUGCUGUGCGCCUGGACAAGAUGCUGUCAAAACAGUUGGAGCUCAACCUCAGUGAGUCAGUCUUUUGGUCCGACAGCAUGACCGUCCUAAAAUACAUCGCAAACACCACCACUCGCUUUAAGACCUAUGUAGCCAAUAGAGUUUCCAUCAUAAGUUCACUGUCUAAUGUCGGUCAGUGGAGACAUGUUGGCUCUAAGAUGAAUCCUGCAGACGCAGCUUCGCGAGGCAUGAAAGUUGGAGCCUUCCUGAAGUCCUCAACCUGGAUCACUGGUCCUGACUUUCUCGGAAAAACCGAGCGUGAGUGGCCAGCAAGCGUGGACAAAGCAUAGCUGCAUCCGGACGCUGACCCAGAAGUGAGAGAGGAGGUCCUUUCCUUCGCCGCACAGGCGGAAGAAGUAUGUCCCACCACUAAACUGUUGCUGCACUUCUCUAGCUGGACAAGGCUCAAGAGAGCCGUGGCAUGGAUUAUGAAACUGAAAGAAAAGCUAAGGCUAAAGAUAAAAGAAAAUGCACAAUGUGGAGAUCAAACUCCUGUCAAACAGGUAAAGAAAACAAACUACUUACCACUCACAGUCGAUGACCUGCUCUUAGCAGAGGAGGCAAUAGUGCGCUUUGUGCAAAAGAAACAUUACUCCAGCGAAUUGGCUGCACUGAAAUCAGGUGGUGUAAAGAAAUCCAGUCAACUGUACAAACUUGACCCCAUUGCCAUUGAUGAUGUAUUGAGAGUUGGUGGUAGGCUGAGCAGGUCCGCUCUACCUGUGGAAACAAAACACCCUGCAAUACUACCAAAAGAAAGUCACGUCUCAAAGCUCAUUCUUCAACAUGUACACAAUAAAGUUGGUCACAGGGGAAGAAAUCAUAUGCUCUCAACCCUACGACGACAGUACUGGAUUCCUCAUGCAAAUGCAGCAGCCAGAAAGAUCAUCAGUGAGUGUGUGAUAUGCCUAAAGCAGCGCCAAAGACCAGGUGAGCAGAAAAUGUCUGACCUGCCUGUUGACAGAGUCACAGCUGAUGCCCCACCAUUCACACAUGUGGGCCUAGAUUAUUUUGGGCCAAUAGAAGUUAAGAAAGGCAGAAGCCUAGUUAAAAGAUAUGGAGCACUUUUUACUUGCCUAACCUGUCGCGCAGUACACCUGGAGGUGGCGCAUUCCCUCAAUACAGAUUCCUGUAUAAACGCCAUCAGGAGGUUUAUCUGCCGCAGAGGCCAAGUCAAAGAAAUCCGGACGGAUAAUGGAACCAACUUCGUCAGCACAAACCCCCUAGACGAUGAAGCCCUGCAGACAGUCUUCUGUGAAGCGGAGGCCAUACUGAACGACCGUCCAAUCACCACCUCCUCUGGCGAUCCCAAUGACAUCGAGGCCUUGACUCCAAACCACCUUCUUCAGCUGAAAGGUAAACCCAUCUUGCCACCAGGUUUAUUCAAGAAGGAUGACCUGUACGCUCGGAGACGCUGGAGGCAAGUGCAAUACAUCGCCGACCUCUUCUGGAAGAGGUGGACGACCGAGUACCUCCCUCAACUGCAAGAGCGGCAGAAGUGGAACAAAGUUCACAGAAACUUCACAGUUGGUGACAUCGUGCUCGUGGUGGAAGAGUCCGCACCCAGAGGUGCGUGGCCCAUUGGGCGCAUCACCGACACCAUGGCAGACUCCAAAGGGUGCGUUCGACGGGUCCGUGUCAAGACACAGACCAACAAGUUGGAAAAGCCCAUCACCAAGAUCUGCCUCCUGGUGGGGGUAGUUUAAGGGGCAACAGUGAAUGUUCGCCUCCAACGGAGUCAUGUUCUUGAACCUCUGACUCUACACAUCUACAGAUGCUCACUUACUGAUUUAGUACGUGAUGCAAUAGGCGUCACAACCUUUAUGCUGAAAACAUGCACACAGUCCAUAAGCACACAGAACACAUGCACACAGACCAUUGCAUACACUUGAAGCCUUUUUUUUCCCUUUCAAGAAGAAGAAUUUUUGUUGUUUACGGACCGAAAACCAUUUGUAAAUGCACUUGAGUAUGAACUUUAAUAACAAUGCAAAAAAACCACAAAAAAGAAAAAAAAAGGAAAGCAAAUAGCAUUGAAUUGUAUGUAAGCUUACAUUUUUCACCGUACUUGUAAUGGCCAUUCACUUGUAUAUAUUGUAUAUAGAUUUAUAAUUACUUGUUGUUCAAGAAUUAGGGGCCGGAAUGUAAUGGCCGUUUCUGUUUUUUGUUAAGCUCACUUCGACCCGUGAUUUGUAUACGCCUACCUAGGCACAGGCGCAGGUGAUUUUAGGUCACGCCCACCGCUCUAGCAUAGUUGGAAAGUAAUGUCGGGCGGCGUGGCAUGGUUUGGGCAAGAUAAAAAGAUUUUACCACACACCUAAUACAAGCAUUUUGGAUUAUGGAAAUAGAAAACAUUUGUUAGAACUUCAUGCAAAGAAGACCAUUGGAAUAAACAGAACUCUAUUUUGGAAA